GGCUCGUUCCCCAGCCCGGGGCCGGCAGGAAGGGGGCCCGGGGCCGCGAGCAGGGGAAGCUGCUGCUGCUGCCGCCGCGGCGGAGGAGAGCGCGGCGUCGGCCCACGCGGGCAGGGCAGGCGGCGAUGCAGCCCUCGGCGGCGGAGCGGCUGCGGGACUGAGGAGCGGGACGUGGCUCGGCCGCGGGGGCUGAGCUGGGCUUUGGCGGACCCGGGGGCGCCGGUUCUGUGGCCGGCGGCUCUUUAGCCGGGAGAGCGUCGGUGCCUUGAUUUCCCCGCCCGGGCCUCCGGAGCGGACCCGGACUCUGCCAUGCAAACGCCCCGGGAGGCAGUAGGGCGCUGACAGGAGCCGUCCCGGGGGCGCCCGGUGUGUUGCCGGGACCCCACGCUGGGGGGUGCGAGGGGGGGAGGGGGAGGAGAUGCACCGGUGCCCAGCCGCCUCCCUUCCGACGCAGCCGUAGCAGCGAGCCCCGCCGAGCUGCCCCCCGGCCCCGGCGACCCCCCGCGGGCAGGACGUGGAGAAGCGAGUCUGCCAUGGUGCAACUGGUGGCGCGGGCAGCCUAGCGCAGGGGCCCGCCGCCGCCGCCGCCGGUCCCGGACCGGUCGCUGGACACGCUCCGCUGAGCGCUGCCUGGGACUGGCCGCCGCCGCCGCCGCCUGGCUUCGUGCCGCUCUCUCCGCUUCGGACCCCGGGGGCCGGGUAACAAAAUGGCGCGGCCGGGCGCGGGGGCCCCGCUGCUGCGGUCCGCUCCUUGUCUGACUUUCCUCCUGAUGGCCCUGGUGGGCCCCGGGUCCGGAUCCGGGUCCGAGCCGCGCUGCGCCUCCAGCUGCGCCUGCAGCGGGGAGCUGCUGGACUGCAGCCACCGGGGGCUGACUGAGCUCCCCAGGGACCUCCCCACCUGGCCCGUCUAUGUAAACCUGAGCUACAACAAGUUGACGGAGAUCGAUCCUUCUGCCUUUGCCGAGCUGCCGAACCUACGGGAAGUACGACUGAAUAACAAUGAGCUGACAGCAAUUCCGUCCCUGAGAUCUCCUUCUUCCCACAUCGUCUCCCUCUAUCUGCAUCACAACAGGAUCCGCAGCAUUGAAGCAAGUCAACUGAAGCCUUACGUUGCCCUGGAAACAUUGGACCUGAGUUCCAAUGACAUCACGGAAAUACGAAGCGGCUGCUUUCCACAGGGACUUCCCAUAAAGGAGCUCAACCUGGGGAGCAACAGAAUCAGCACCCUGGAGCCUGGUGCUUUUGAUAGUCUGUCACGGUCCCUGCUAACACUUCGACUGAGUAAAAACAGGAUCACCCUGCUUCCUGUUAAGGCAUUCAAGUUACCCAGGCUAACACAACUGGAGUUAAACCGCAAUCGCAUCCGCCUGAUUGAAGGCCUGACGUUCCAUGGGUUGGACAGCUUAGAUGUUCUGAAGCUGCAGCGCAAUGACAUAAGCAAACUGACCGAUGGGGCCUUCUGGGGUCUGGCCAAGAUGCAAGUUCUGCACCUGGAGUAUAACAGCCUGACACAAGUGAACAGCGGCUCCCUCUACGGCCUCUCAUCUCUCCACCAACUUCACCUCAGUAACAACUUGAUAUCCUACAUCAACCCCGAGAGCUGGAAGUUCUGUCAGAAGCUGCAUGAGCUAAUAUUGUCCUAUAACAACCUAACCAGACUGGAUGAGGGGAGCUUGGCAGACUUGGGAGGGCUGCAUCUGCUGCGACUCAGCCACAAUUCCAUCAACCAUAUCGCAGAGGGAGCUUUCAAAGGACUCAAAAACCUGCGUGUUCUGGACCUGGACCAUAACGAGAUUUCAGGCACAAUAGAAGAUACCAAUGGGGCUUUUACAGGCCUUGAAAACCUAAGCAAGCUAACUCUGUUUGGAAACAAGAUCAAGUCAGUGGCCAAGAAAGCGUUCUCAGGCCUGGAGGCCCUGGAGCACCUGAACCUCAGGGACAAUGCAAUCAGGUCUGUCCAACCAGAGGCUUUUGCGAAGAUGAAGAACCUGAAGCAGAUCCACAUAAACAGUGACAGCUUCCUGUGCGAUUGCCAGCUGAAAUGGUUGCCGCACUGGUUAGCUGAGAAGGAGCAGCAGCCCUUUGUGGUAGCCACCUGCGCCCAUCCCGAGUCGCUCAAGAGCAAGAGCAUUUUUGCCGUGCCCACAGAAAGUUUUGUGUGUGACGAUUUCCCCAAACCCCAGAUUAUUAUUCAGCCGGAGACGACCAUGGCCGUUCUCGGCAAGGAUAUCCGCUUCACCUGCUCGGCCGCAAGCAGCAGCAGCUCCCCUAUGACAUUUGCCUGGAAGAAGGACAAUGAGAUCCUGCACAAUGCCGAGAUCGAGAACUUUGCCCAUGCGCGGGCCAAGAACGGCGAGGUGAUGGAGUACACCACCAUCCUGCACCUGCGGCACGUCACCUUCGCCCACGAGGGGCGCUACCAGUGCAUCAUCACCAACCACUUUGGCUCCACCUACUCAAACAAGGCCCGGCUCACUGUUAACGUGUUGCCUUCAUUUAUCAAAACCCCCCAUGACAUCACCAGCCGGACAGGGACGACAGCACGGCUGGAAUGUGCGGCCAAUGGCUUCCCCAUCCCACAAAUUGCUUGGCAGAAGGACGGAGGCACUGACUUCCCAGCAGCCCGAGAGCGACGCAUGCACGUCAUGCCAGACGAUGAUGUCUUCUUCAUCAUGGAUGUGAAGAUAGAGGACAUGGGCGUUUAUAGCUGCACGGCACAGAACUCCGCGGGCUCCGUGCUGGCCAACGCCACCCUGACGGUACUAGAGACGCCGUCCUUGAUCCAUCCACUGGAAGACCAUGUAGUGUCUGUAGGUGAAACAGUGGCCCUUCAGUGCAAAGCAACGGGAAGCCCACCUCCACGCAUCACCUGGCUGAAAGACGACCAGCCCCUGGUAGUGACUGACAGGCAUCAUUUCACCCCUGGCAACCAGCUGCUGAUCGUUCGGAAUGUUGUGCUGGAGGAUGCUGGGAAAUACACCUGUGAAAUGUCCAAUACCCUCGGAACGGAGCGUGCGCACAGCCACGUAAGCAUCUUGCAAUCCCUUGGCUGCAGGAAGGACAGGAUGACAGUGGGGAUAAUCACCAUUGCAGUGGUGUGCAGCAUUGUGCUGACGUCUUUGGUCUGGGUGUGCAUCAUCUACCAGACCAGAAAGAAGAGUGAAGAAUACAGCGUCACCAACACAGACGAGACCAUUGUACCACCUGAUGUGCCAAGCUACCUGUCUUCCCAGGGGACUCUUUCUGACAGACAGGAAGUGGUCAUCAGAGUUGAGAACAGCCAACAGCCUAACGGGCACAUAGAGAACAAUGGUAUGUGUCAUACUGAUGCUGGAAGAAGUCCAGAUGUUGAAGCUCCCACUGUAGCUUGUAGACAGCCAAAGCUAUGUGUAGGAUAUAAUAAAGACGCCUGGAAAACCGAAGACGCAGCCGAUGGAAUGCUUGUUCCAGAUAAGACAGGGUACAGCCUGCCAGUUGUGUGCACUGACUGUAGCGGAAGUACAGAUAGCAUGAAUGUCAACAUUUACCCCAAGGAUCCUGAAUACUAUUCUCAGCCAGCUAAGACUAUGGAUAACGCACCUCAAAAUGCAUUCAGCAGAAAAGAACCAAGUAGGAGCAAGAGCAGAGGCAGCAACCCUCUUCACCCUCCACAGUGCACUGGGAUUGACAACAGUCAGAGAAUGGACACCGCUAGUACUCUGUAUCCCAGCAACCAUGACAGAAUGCCACCGUCGUCCUGCACGAAUCAACCACUGCACGUGGACAGACAAGGCUCUUCACAACCUUUGGCAAAUGCUUCAGAGCACAGCAAGCUUAACUUAAAAGCUUCACCUUCAGAAGACUCCGUGAAGCAGCUAAAAGGGACUCCUGAAAUUUCACCAACAUCACUGGAUAUACAGGGUGAGGCUGAAGCUAAACAAACUCUUCUUUCCAAUGGAUACCUACCCAAAUUACAGAACUCCACUCAUGAGUUUAAGCCACCCAUAAGAUCAAUGGACUGAGAGGGGAAAAACUGCCGUGUGCAAAUGAACAAACCUACUAUUGACCUUAAUUUUUUGCACAGAAUACUUAGGCUACUUACUUCUACCUCAACUCUUGAACUGACAGCCUCUCCAAGGAAAAGGAAAACAAAUGAGGUAUGAGAAACAAGCUUGUGUGGGGAACAAAUUCCUACUCGAGCGUCACCAGUCUGUACAUAGUUUAAAACUUCAAUGAGAAGUAUUACUAGUUCAAAAGUUAACUUGCAUAUGAAGCACAUAAAUGCAAGGGACAGUUGUGUAGAGAAAAGAAAAGUAUUUGAUACAGUUGUACAUAAGAGUUUUCAUAUUAUAUAUAAAUAUAUAUAUAUAUAUAUCUUUUACAGAGGCUAUUUUAAUCUUUAGUGCAUGGAAAACUGAGUGAAACUUUACAAACUUUUGGCAAUAUUGUUUUCAGUAUCAGGUUGCUGUUAAAUUUUUCAAGAGAGAGAAUUCUGGUGCCUUAAUGCAUAAGCAGACCUUUAAAAACCCAGGCUGUUUCAAAGGAAUUGUCAAGCUUUGCUAUGGAAAUUCCUUUAGAUCAAGCAUUGGUUGGGUUAUUUAGCACAAAUCCCCUCCCCCUGGAAAUUGAUUGCACUUAGCAGGUUUAAACUGAGAUCUUAAAUUAUUUCCAAGAAACGCUAAAUGGAGCGUAGAGGGAGAGCCAAGCAAUUACCACAAAAGAAAAAGUAAUACAUAGCAACCUUUUUUUUUCUUUAUGGAAGAACUUAAAUUCAUUCCCCUUCAGAAUUGCCCUGAAGAGCUAAGGUUAAAUAUUAGCUGGGAUAGUCCGUCUGUCAAUUCAGCAGAGCAGCACAGAGGCAUAAAGUUUAAUUCAACUACUGUGCACACUUGCAAAAAGGAAAGCUAAAAUCAUUGCUAACAACAAAAAUACAUGCAGUAGGGGGUGGGUUUGUUUUUUCUUUUUGCACCUGUCACAAACUUAAUGGCCUCGUACCCUUGUAACUAUAGCAGUAUAGUUAAAGCGGUUCUACCCUUCCCAGUGUGAAUGCCGUCAUCCUGCUCUAAAGGUAAUUAUGUGAACACAGCUUAUUCCUGUAUGGAAAGGGAAGUAAGUCACACGAGUAUCAGACAACUUUAUAGAAGUAUAACUGCAUCCAUAGUGGGCUUGUAGCUGUAUUAUUGUCCCAGUAAUAAAAAUCACACCCCUAAAUUACCAUUAUACAGGCUGUGUGCAGACUAUGCCUGAGACACAUGACCCAUUUUCCCUAUGGCACUGUAUUAAGUCGUCUCUUUGCCGCACAUAGAUCCCCUGAGCUGCAGCACGCCACGUCGGUGUGCACGCACAGACAGUAAUGGCUAUCGCCUUGUCUGUGAACGUUGACCUCAGGACCAUGAUUACCCCUUCGUGCCGCAGUUCCGAGCUAGUUGGAAAUAUACGGAUUUAGAAGCAAGAGUAUAUGUUGGUAGGUGGCCUUCCUGGUUUAAAGGGACGAGUGCCACGUUAGUGCAGGGUCUUUAAGUUCAUCCAUGAAUUUAAAAAAAACAAACAAACUGGUCAAAUGGCUCUGUCAUUUAUAACUUCAGUCUGAAGCUUUUUAUUUUUAGAACAGCUGCUUCUGUUGGUAUCUGUGGAUGGAUGGGUUGGUUUGUUUUCAGUUCUGCUAAUACAAGUUUACUAGACUUUGGUGAUGACUACUCUGGGGAAAGGUUGGUUCUUUUCUGUUUGUUUUUUUCUUUUUCUUAGAAGCAACUAAAGGCCAGUUUCAUCAGAGCAGGGUCUGGUGGAAAUCCUGCUCACAUCACUACGGUAGCUCACAGCAGGUGUCAGAAGUCAGGGCAGUGAGACCUUAUCAAGGCCUUGAUUCAGAAAAGCAGCUGUGUUCCGAACAAUACUAAAGACCUAUUACUUUUCUAAAUGAGGGCCCAAGAGACCCACCCAUAUUAUCCCAAGCUCCACUUUCAUUAAAAGACUGCCACCCUUAAUAAUCUGAUUUCUCAGUCCUUUGAGUGGUAGCCUAAAACACAUUUCACUGUAAAUUAUCACUGACCCUGGCUUUUAUGAAGCAAGGCAUAAUUUAGCCAGCUACCUUUCUAGACCAGUUUCUAACUGUAGACACAUUUGCACUUUGUGGCAGGUGACUAAUUAUGUUGAGUGCCAACUUUUAACUCUUCAGCAAAUCAAAAGUGAAAGAGAUGGACGAUAGUAAAUAAAUAAACCAACAUGUAUUUGUCCCAUGAACUGAGAAAAAUAUGCUUUAGAACUAACUUUGAAAGUGAAAACAACAGUGGGAUAUGAGUGGGACAUACACAAGGAAGAUGCGAAUGACUUGAUUGACCAAUUUUGCUGGCAGAAAUGUCAUCACCGUUGCAAAUAUUAAGCACAUUUGCCACAUUAACGUUUGAAAAUAAUGUAUUUUUAAUAACGUUAACUGUUUCAUGUUACUUCCACUAAAUAUGUGAAUCUGCUGCUUCUGAGAGGCAAUGUGAAAGAGGAAGUAUUACUUUUGUGUACAAAGUUAUUUAUUAGAAAAUUUGGUACAAUAUUGUAUGUUGAAAAAACCGUUAAAUAUUGAAGUGUCUAACAAAUGGCAUUGAAGUGUCUUUAAUAAAGGUUCAUUUAUAAUAUUA